AUGUUGAAGCCGUAUGGAGCUAUAGUUGGAGGUGCUGCGGGGGUGCUUGCACUAGUGGCAGUAGUUGUUGGAUUUGUAUGGUUUUGCAAGUUACAGUGUAAAAACUUCUCAAACAAGAACUCAGAGACAGGUUCCUCAGAUCCAUCUGCACCAGUGGAAUGGAAUAGGAGAGGUGGACCCAGCUCAGCUGCAGCCCCGCCUCUAUCCGGACCACAGGGAGCAAGACAGUUCACAAUGGAAGAAUUGGAGCAAGCUACCAAGCAAUUCAAUGAAAGCAAUCUAAUCGGAUAUGGAAGCUUUGGUUUGGUUUAUAAAGGUUUCCUUUCUGAUGGGACUAUUGUGGCCAUCAAAAGGCGUCCAGGCCCUCCUAGACGGGAAUUUGUUGCUGAGGCAACUAAUUUGUCAGAGAUUCAACACCGUAAUCUAGUUACUCUUCUGGGUUACUGCCAGGAAAGUGGAUCACAAAUGUUAGUUUUUGAAUAUCUACCCAAUGGCAGCAUGUGCAAUCAUUUGUAUGUUCACUGUUUGACAGAUACUGGGCUAGAUGCAACAACAAAACUAGAGUUCAAGCGAAGGCUGUCCAUAGCUCUAGGGGCAGCCAAAGGUUUACGUCAUUUGCAUACUCUAAAGCCUCCCUUAGUACACAGGAAUUUCAAGACGGCUAAUGUCUUGGUUGAUGAGAACUUUAUUGCCAAGGUUGCAGAUACAGGGAUUUCACGAUUACUUGAAAAAAUAGAAGAUGCAGGUCCAUCUCAAACACCCAGUGUCAAUGUUUUCCAACAUCCAGAGAUAGAAGAAUCAAGAACUUUCUCUGAGAUAAGUGAUGUAUACAGCUUUGGAGUUUUCCUCUUGGAGCUUAUAACUGGACGGGAGGCCUUAUAUGAUGAGUCCUUUGGAUCUGAUGAAAGCUUAUUUCAAUGGGUGGAAACUCGUCUGAGUAUAAAUGAUUUUGUGGACCAUCGGCUAGUUGGAAGCUUUACCAUGGAGGGAAUGAAGGACUUGAUCAAGCUUAUGUUGCAAUGCAUGAGUCUUUCAGGAAAAUGGCAACUGAAGAUUGAAAAAGUUGUGCUUGAGCUUGAAAGGAUUCAUGAAAAAGAGAUGGCUCUGACCACAGGCAUGGGCGAGGGCACUACUAAAUUUACUUUGGGGAGCCAACUGUUUACUUCAAAAUGAAGGGAAUCAUUAAAAAACCAUUUGUUCAUGUUGGUUAUGUUUUAAGUCAAGCUUAAGCUUAUUUAUGCCAAGCAACAGCAGCUGGCUCUGGUUUGAUCAGUUUGCAUGAGUAAAAGAAGGCAAAGGCAGCACAAACUACUUUAUAUGUGGGGAUAUAAACUAUGGACUCAUUUGAUUGAUGAUGUGAAAUACCAACCUUCUAUUGGGUAGGCUAGCUGGGGAGCUUUAGCACUUUGGCCCUGAUUUGGGUCCCUUCCUGAUAAUGUACAAUGACAUGACUAUUAGUAGUCCCACCAAGCCACCACAUGGCCCAGAAAUCCCAAAAAAAUUCACACAGGGGCAAUUUUUAUGUCGGUUGAAUGCAGAGAGAAAGUAUGAAAGAAAAGACACAGUGACAGAAAAGAUUGUCAUUUAGUUGCAGGUUUUCUGAUUCUA